GGCGGGCAUGGCGGUAUGUGCUCGGCUCUGCGGCGUGGGCCCCGCGCGUGGGUGCCGCCGCCGCCAGCAGCGCCGCGGCCCGGCCGAGACAGCAGCGGCGGACAGUGAGGCAGACACAGACCCCGAGGAGGAGCGUAUCGAGGCGGGGCCGGCGCGCUGCACCCUGCUGGAGCUCCCUCCCGAGCUGCUGGUGGAGAUCUUCGCCUCGCUGCCCGGCACCGACCUGCCCAGCCUGGCGCAGGUCUGCAGCAGGUUCCGCCGCAUCUUGCACACCGACACUAUCUGGAGACGGCGCUGCCGCGAGGAGUAUGGCGUUUGUGAGAACCUGCGGAAGCUGGAGAUCACAGGCGUGUCUUGCCGGGACGUCUAUGCAAAGCGUAUAAACCCUCGUGUGAAGUCAGGACGCUUCAUGAAAAUCCUCCCCGAUUACGAGCACAUGGAGUACAGAGAUGUGUACACCUGCCUGCUUCACCGAUACAGACACAUUUUGGGGCUGUGGCAGCCAGACAUCGGGCCGUAUGGAGGACUGCUGAACGUGGUGGUGGAUGGCCUGUUCAUCAUCGGCUGGAUGUACCUGCCUCCUCAUGACCCCCAUGUUGGCGACCCCAUGCGAUUCAAGCCACUGUUUAGAAUCCACCUGAUGGAGAGGAAGUCAGCUACGGUGGAGUGUAUGUACGGCCACAAAGGGCCCCACAACGGCCACAUCCAGAUCGUGAAGAGAGAUGAGUUCUCCACCAAGUGCAACCAGACAGACCACCACAGGAUGUCCGGUGGGAGGCAGGAGGAAUUUCGGACGUGGCUGAGGGAGGAGUGGGGCCGCACGCUGGAAGACAUCUUCCACGAGCACAUGCAGGAGCUGAUUCUGAUGAAGUUCAUCUACACCAGUCAGUACGACAACUGCCUGACGUACCGCCGGAUCUACCUCCCACCCAGCCACCCCGAUGACCUCAUCAAGCCCGGCCUCUUUAAGGGUACCUAUGGCAGCCAUGGCCUGGAAAUUGUGAUGCUCAGCUUCCACGGCUCACGUGCCAGGGGCACCAAGAUCACGGGCGACCCCAACAUCCCCGCGGGGCAGCAGACUGUGGAGAUUGACCUGCAUCGCCGCAUCCAGCUGCCCGAUGUGGAGAACCUCCGCAACUUCAAUGAACUCUCCAGGAUCGUCCUGGAGGUCCGAGAGCAGGUACGGCAGGAGCAGCAGGAGGCCGGCGAGGACCCCGCCCCACCCCGGGAGCCUUCCGCGAAGGGCCCCGAGGGGCCGCCACCCGCCACCGCCGCCGCCGCCGCCGCCGCCGGGGACAGCAAAGAGGCUGGCAAUGGAGCUGAGGCAGCCUCCGCUGAGCAGUCGGCCUCAACUGGGCAGGGGCAGCCGUUUGUGUUGCCCGUGGGCGUCAGCUCGAGGAAUGAGGACUAUCCCCGCACUUGCAGGCUAUGUUUCUACGGCACAGGCCUCAUCGCUGGCCAUGGCUUUACCAGUCCUGAGCGCACUCCUGGAGUCUUCGUCCUGUUUGAUGAGGACCGCUUUGGGUUUCUCUGGCUGGAACUGAAGUCCUUCAGCUUGUACAGCAGAGUUCAGGCCACCUUCCAGAAUGCCGAUGCACCGUCGCCACAGGCCUUUGAUGAGAUGCUCAGGAACAUCCAGUCUCUCACCUCCUGACCUCCACGUGGGCGGAGAGGCUGCACUGGGGCCUGGGGUGGGGGAAGCAUGCACUUUGGAGAUGAACGCACACCUCCUCACGAGGGUCCCGGUUGCCCCGAGGCACUUCUUGUAUAGUGUGUAACAUACUCUUGUAUAUUUGAUUUGUCGGUAGCUGUGAAGGAGAGGAGUGAGCACGGUGGGGAAGUGAACAGUUGGGCCAGGGGGAGUCUGACUAAGCUGGUGGCUGUGGUACAGAGAGUCAAAUGGAUGCCUUCAGGUUCUCUGGAGAAAGGGAAUCUGUCUUUAGGGUGGGUUAUGACCCAGUCGCCAUGGAUCUGGGAGGUGUUCUGCUGCACCUGUUCCUUUUGGAUGACCUAACAGUCACAGCUGGAAGGUGACCUCAGUGGAGUUUGGGGUAUCGGGCCCAGGGACCCUGGAUGGGUAUCUAUUUCCUCACUAACUUGCUUAGACAAGGGCAUUCUACCAUGACCUGUUUUCCUGUUCUGGCUGAUAGGAGCCAUCAAGGUGUGUCACUGCUGUCUCCAUCCUGGCCCCCUGGUGUCCUCUGUGUCACACCCGCUCUAGCGUUAGAGCCAAGCUGUCAGGCCAGCCACUUGCUUGUCCCCAGCAGCCACACACCACUCCCUUGGUCUUCCACACAUACGAUGGAGAGCUGGCCCUGUCUGUUUGUAGGGCCUGCCCUUGCUGGACACCACGUCCCUGUUGCUUUCAUCUCAUGGUUGUGCAGGUGCCUCUGUUGGUGUCCGCAGAGAUGCUUGUGAAGCCCUUCACAGGCAAAGAGAGAGGGCCACUUUCUAGACGGACACACUUGUGUGUGGCAGUGCACUGGGAUCUUUGCUAAUUGAGGACUCAUGUGGUCAGAGACCCUGAGCGCUGGGCUGUGCUAAUGUCUGUAUUGGGAACCCUUUCUGAGGACAUCAGUGUCUCCCCCGGGGCAGAGACCGAGAGCUCAGGCCUUUGGAACCCCCGCCAGCACUUCCAGUACUCAGCAGACUUCUAGGCCGCCUCUCCCACCUUGACCGUCGUCCCCGAGGGCUGCUGCAAGCCCUUGUACUUGGUGUUCAGAACUCGGCCUGUUGGGGAGAGACCUUAGGAAGGUGGCAGCCACACGAGGAUGGCCGUACCCUCCCUUGCAAUGGCAGGCCUUUCCUGUCAGAAGGGCCUGCAGACUCGGGAGGUAGCGUGGCAAAGGACCCUUGUGAACUGGUUUGGGGAUGCUGGCUUUCUCCCCGGUGCUGUGACAGCUUGCAACGAGCUGCCAGGGCUGGGUUCUGGCCUCUAGCAUCUUUUGCAGGAUGGAGUCCAGCCUUUUGUUACUUCCUUUGUUAGUCAUGAGUGUUCCUCUUGUGCCAAAUGAGGCAGGCUCUGGACGGUGGGGACUGUGACUAUGAAGACCGGACAGCUGGGCGUGCAGGUGGCUGCUCUUCUGGUUUCGCUGUGUUUGGAGAAAAUCAAGAAUACAUUUUACCCAGGCCCUGAGGCUUACUGUGGGGAUGCUGUAGUUCGGAAUUUUCUCAAGUGUCCCCAGGCACUUCCAGUUAAGUAAGGGCGGUCUCACAUAUUAGCCAGUCACGCAUUGACUUUCCUAAACGCAUGCCCCAUUUGCUGCAGGUGAGGGUUGACAAGGGCUGGCAUCACUGUUGGGUGGAGGUGGGACAGUGCUGCCCAGUGUAGGGAACAGCCAGGCCCAGGUACUCUACAGGCGGCAGAUAGAUGUCUUUGUCCCUUGCCCCCCCCCCCCCCCCAUGUGAGAACUGUUGGCUAGCCUUAUCAUUUUGCUACUCAGGCUGCAUAGUUCAUGGAGGUUGGAGAGAGGACCUCUUGUGGGUUUCCACACUUGGCCCGCUCUGCUGUGUGUGGUUGAGGUCAGGUGCAAGCCUCAGGAAGUUUUUCUAGUGGGGACAGUUCUUUUGUGUGAGGAUGUUGCUGAUGUCUGUUUAGGCCCCGAUGUGUUCAGGCCCUGAUGAAUAGGACACUGGCUAUCAUUUCUCAGACUUUCGGCAUCUCUAGUCCGCCCUUGGGAGGCCAGUACUGGGAGUCCUAGACUCCUUGCUUUGGUCUUGACUCACCUUGUGUCCCUCUGGCAUCACCUGCCUGGCUGUUUGUGGCAUGUGUUCAGACCCUGGGCCCCUCUGCUCUGGGCUGUCAGCUCCGCAGCAUCCCUGCGCCUCCUCUUGGGUCCUCCCUGUCCCCGCAUGUCUACCAAUAGGGUGGGUGCUUGGCAGUUCCUGGCCAGAUGCUGGUCAGCCAGCCCUUCCUCACAUCAUGCAAUGAGCUCGGAGGCACUUGUUAGACUUGUUCCUUCACCAAGAACUUGGGAGCUGAGCACUGCUGGGGCUGGACAGCCGGGGCUCCUCCCCAGCGGCCGGCUUUCUAUCCCAGCCCUCCAGUGGCUCUGUCUGCUCGCCAAGCUUGCUGGGAACAACACCCGCUCAUUGUAUGUUCACUUCUUAGUACUUGUGGGCACUAGUGGAGAGGAACCAUCCUCCUCGGCUGUCAGGAUUUUGUGAACCCCAGGACACCUGUGUUCCUAGUUUGGGCCUCUUUUCCUCAAGACAGUGAUGCUGGGCAGAGCAUCUGGGUGUGCUGAGCUCCUUCUGCCCCCGCCUUUCUGUCCUGAUUGGGUAGAGUGUCAACCUCCUCAGGUCAUCAUCGCCCAUUUGCUGUUACAGACCGAGUCUGUGGUUCUGGGGAAGAGCGGGAUAGAUGUCUCCCAGAAGCAGCUGCAGAUAGGAGGACAUGGUUUAGAACUUGUGAAUGAGGCACUGGCAUUCACAGCCCCUUGGCCCAUAUGGCUAACCUCCAAAGAGGGGUUUAGUUUUCUGUGGCUGGAUCUUUUGUGUUUGCAUGGAGACCAACAAAAACCACCAGAACGUGCUUUUUCAGCCCAGUCACUUGCGCUCACAAGCCUGUUUGGAAAAUGUGGUUUGUCUGGAGUGCCUCCUAGCUCUGGACAGAGAUUGGCUCUUUAGAAGCCCUCUCGGGUCAGCUCAGCUUUGUCUAAGGAUCAGGGAAGGGCCCUGAAACAGUCGCUGCUGUGUGUCUGGGGCCCAACAUCACCUGUGACACUGUCACCUAGGAUGUGUGGUUGUUUCUCCUUUCAGUAAACCUGUUUUUGAAGCCUU